CUGAAUUCAGAUGUCAGCCAGGACGUUUUCAGUGUGGAACUGGACUUUGUGCUCUUCCAGCCUUUAUCUGUGAUGGAGAGAACGAUUGUGGGGACAAUUCUGAUGAACUGAACUGUGACACACAUGUGUGUCUGUCAGGUCAGUUUAAGUGCACAAGAAAUCAGAAGUGUAUUCCAAUAAAUCUGAGAUGCAAUGGACAGGAUGACUGUGGUGAUGAAGAAGAUGAAAGAGAUUGUCCUGAAAACAGUUGUUCUCCAGACCAUUUCCAGUGUAAAACAACAAAACACUGCAUUUCUAAACUGUGGGUAUGUGAUGAAGACCCAGAUUGUGCUGAUGGAUCAGAUGAAGCUAACUGUGAUAAAAAAACUUGUGGGCCUCAUGAAUUCCAGUGCAAAAACAACAACUGUAUUCCAGAUCAUUGGAGGUGUGACAGCCAAAACGAUUGUGGUGAUAAUUCUGAUGAAGAAAACUGUAAGCCUCAAACUUGCACUUUGAAAGACUUCCUUUGUGCCAAUGGAGACUGUGUUUCAGCAAGAUUCUGGUGUGAUGGGGACUAUGACUGUGCAGAUGGCUCAGAUGAGAGAUAUUGUGAAACAGGCUGUUCAAGAGAUCAGUUCCAGUGUUCCAAUGGUCAGUGCAUAUCGGCCAAAUGGAAAUGUGAUGGUCAUGAAGACUGCAAACUUGGGGAUGAUGAGAAAAAUUGUGAACCAGCAUCUCCAACCUGCUCUUCAAGUGAGUACAUAUGUGCAAGUGGAGGCUGUAUUUCGGCAUCUUUGAAAUGUAAUGGAGAGUAUGACUGCGCUGAUGGAUCUGAUGAGAUGGAUUGUGUAACAGACUGUAAAGAAGAUCAGUUUCGAUGCAAGAAUAAGGCCUACUGUAUCCCUGUCAGAUGGUUUUGUGAUGGGAUCCAUGACUGUGUGGAUGGCAGUGAUGAAGAAAACUGUGACCAAGGAGGAAAUAUAUGUAGAGCUGAUGAAUUUUUGUGCAACAAUUCCCUCUGCAAACUUCAUUUUUGGGUUUGUGAUGGCGAGGAUGACUGUGGAGAUAACUCUGAUGAAGUUGCUGAAAUGUGUGUAAAGUUUCCAUGCCCUCCAACAAGGCCGUACAGAUGUAGAAACAACAGGGUUUGUCUAAGACCUGAGCAGAUUUGCAAUGAAGUUGAUGACUGUGGUGAUAACUCGGAUGAAGAUCACUGUGAUAAAAUCACAUAUAAAGCAAGGCCAUGUAAAAAAGACGAAUUUGCUUGUAAGGAUAAGAAAUGUAUUCCGAUGGAGCUACAGUGCGAUUGGUUUGAUGACUGUGGAGACGGUUCAGAUGAGCAAGACUGCAAAAUAAGUGUCGCUGAAUACACAUGUGAAGAUAACGUGAAUCCUUGUGGAGAUGACGCAUACUGUAAUCAAACAAAGACAUCCCUACUGUGUCAGUGUAAACCUGGAUUUCAGAGAAACAAGAGGAAUAGACAAUGUGAAGAUAUCAAUGAGUGUAUGGUAUUUGGUGCCUGCUCCCAACACUGCAAUAAUAUUAAGGGGUCAUACAAAUGUGCCUGCGAGAAAAAUUAUAAGGAGAGGAAUAACAGUUGUAUAGCAAAAGGCUCUGAAGAUCAAGUUCUCUAUGUUGCUAAUGAUACUGACAUCCUGGGUUUUGCAUAUCCAUUCAACUACAGUGAUGUUCAUCAGCAAAUAUCACAUAUUGAACAUAAUUCAAGGGUAACUGGAAUGGAUGCAUAUUUUCAAGGGGACAUGAUUGUUUGGAGCACUCAAUUUAAUCCAGGAGGGAUUUUCUACAGAAAACUUCACGACAGAGAGAGAAGGCAAAGUAACAGCGGCUUGAUAUGUCCAGAAUUCAAAAGACCUAGGGGCAUUGCUGUUGACUGGGUUGCUGGAAAUAUUUAUUGGACUGAUCACUCUAGAAUGCAUUGGUUCACGUACUAUACAACUCAUUGGACUAGUCUGAGAUACUCCGUCAAUGUAGGCCAAUUGAAUGGACCUAACUGUACAAGACUCCUCACAAGCAUGGCAGGAGAACCAUAUGCAAUUGCUGUAAAUCCUAAAAAGGGGAUGAUGUACUGGACAGUUAUUGGGGAUCGCUCUCACAUAGAGGAAUCAUCUAUGGAUGGUACUCUGAGGAGGAUAUUGGUUCAAAAGAAUUUACAAAGACCUACAGGUCUUGUAGUUGAUCAGUUCAGUCAGCGUUUGUUCUGGGCCGAUUUUGAAUUAUCUGUUAUUGGCAGCGUUCUUUUCGAUGGUUCCGAUUCAGUUGUGUCUGUGAGCACUAAACAAGGUUUACUGCAUCCACAUAGAAUUGACAUUUUUGAGGAUUACAUAUAUGGAGCAGGUCCGAAAAAUGGUGCGUUUAGAGUACACAAAUUUGGCAGGAGCCUUGUAGAAUAUCUGAGUGUGGACGUUGACAAAGCAAAAAGUGCCUUGAUUUUUCACCGCUACAAACAAAUGGACUUGCCUAAUCCAUGCUUGGACCUGACAUGUGAAUUCAUUUGUUUACUCAACCCUUCUGGUGCAACAUGUGCUUGUCCAGAAGGUAAAUCAUUGGUGAAUGGAACGUGCAUUGAUCAGAGCCUCUUAGAUGAUACCUGUAAACUAACCUGUGAAAAUGGAGGAAAGUGCAUUAUAAACGAGAAGGGGGAUCCCCGAUGUCACUGCUGGCCAAGUUACUCUGGUGAAAGGUGUGAAACCAACCAUUGCUACAAUUACUGCCAGAAUGGAGGAACCUGUGGAGCCUCUCUCCUUGGGAGGCCUACCUGCAACUGUGCGCUGGGGUUCACAGGACCAAACUGCAAUCAGACGGUCUGCAAACACUUUUGCCAAAACGGAGGAACCUGCAGUGUCACUGCUGGGAAUCAACCCUUUUGCAACUGCUUGCCUGAGUAUACAGGAGACAGAUGUCAGUAUUAUGUUUGCCACCAUUAUUGUGUGAAUUCUGAAUCGUGUACUAUUUCUGAUGAUGGAAGUGUAGAAUGUGUCUGUCCAGUACGAUUUGAAGGUCCAAAAUGUGAAGUGGACAAGUGUAUCAGAUGUCAUGGGGGACGCUGUAUAAUAAACAAGGACAGUAAUGACAUCGUAUGCAAUUGCACUAAUGGAAAGAUUGCCUCCACCUGUCAGUUAUGUGAUGGCUUCUGUUACAAUGGUGGUACAUGUCAACUGGACCCAGAGACAAAUAUACCUGUCUGUCU